UCAUAAAAAUUAAAAAUGUAAAAUUGGUGGCUUUACUUGUCCUUUAAGAAAUUUCUCAUCAACAAAGUAAAAAAAGGUUAUGUGAAGAAUUGGAUUCAAGUACACUAUCGAGUACCAAAACAUUUGUUAUAUAGCAAAAUGCUUGGAGUCAAUAGUGAGUUACUUGGAGAUCUUUAGUUGAUUUGGUCGGCUGUAUUAUAUUGGUGAACUCGUGUUCAAGGCCUGUUUUGGUGGAAGGACUCCUGGCUUUUUAAUAAGAUAAAUGCAUGCCCUUGAGGCCUUGACUGACUCCGAGGUUUCAGGGAUCAUUUUGAGUAAGAGAGGUGGCGCAUGCCAUUUUUUUUUUUGUAUUUUAACGCCGUCAUGUGACUCUUGCUAUUAUUUAUAUGCAAGUAUCAGGUAAUGCUUAAGAUGGAAGCAUGUUCAUCUUGUACGUUGACUAUAACCUCUCCUUAAGCUUUCUUGAAGCUGGGAGAAUCGCUAACCUUGAUUAUAAAGAAUAUAAAGAAUAUAAUAACAAAGAGGGGGUGGUCUGGUCGGCGCCGUCCCAACUCUACCAAGUUCAAGGUUCGAUGAUCAUUUCGGAGAUGUUAUUAAUUAGUCUGUAUAUAAAAUGGAGCGGAAGGAGUGAGGUAGAGAAGCAAGAAAGCUGAAGAAACCAAAAUGUUUUCUUUGUUGUUUUCGCGGUCACCUUUGUGCACAGUAGUCAUAGUAUUCUACACUUUUGUGUGCAUUCCCUUAGAGAGGUUGAAGAAGCAGUGUGGAGUUGCUGAACCGCAAUACGAUGAUGGUUACCACCUACCCGGUUUUAUGUUUGGGGACAAGGCAAAGAAGAAGGAAGAGAAAGAGGAGAAGAUAUGCUGCUCAAUAUGCCUUGUGGAUUAUGAAGCUGAAGAUGCAGUGACACAUCUCCCAAGAUGCAAUCAUCUAUUCCAUAUCAAUUGCAUUGAACCUUGGCUUCUCAGUGGCCAUCUCACUUGCCCUCUCUGCAGAUCUUUUGUAUUUUCUUCUCCUUCUUCUCCUACACACAACAAUGUCAAUACUUCCCCCUUCUCUUUCAGUUUCUAUCUCUCGUUCUUUUUUUGCUUGUUGUCUCUCCAUCACCUGCUUGGAUGCUUGUUGUAGCCUUUCACUCCUUGUUAAUUAACACCCAUUCUUUUAUUAUACAUAUACUGCAUUGUUUUGUCUUUAUUACCAUGCACUGUUGUACAUAAUGCGUUAAUUCCUACAUAUCAAAGACUCUGAUUAUGAAGUACUAAACAGUAGGACUGAGCAAAAAAAAAAAAAACCGAAAUCCGAAUGGAUAUUCAAACCGCCUCAGAAUCCAAAAAGAUCCUAACCAAACCCAACCCAAAUAUGUAAAAUAUCUGAACAGAUCUUUUAUCCUAAAUCCGAGCACUCGAAAUACCUGAACCGAGUCCGAACUGAUACAUGUAAGUCUAUCCCUACUAGUAAACAGAGACAAAAGCAGCACUAGUUAGUACCACAGCUCUAUCUCCCUCCAAUUACUGUUAUGUUGCGUGUGAACCAAGCAUUCUGGUUCUGUGUCUAAAGCCCAUAUAAUCUAAUGAUUAAUGGGCCGUAAUGGGCCUUAUUAAA